AUGGGAGGAAAUCACACCCAGAAUAAAUUCAUCCUGUUGGGAAUUACAGACAGCCCAAGUCUGCAGACCCCUCUUUUUGUCUUGUUUCUAUUGAUUUACAUUGUCACUUUGGUGGGGAACGUUGGCAUUAUCACAUUGGUGCGGGUGUCUCCCAGCCUCCACACCCCCAUGUACUUCUUCCUCACCCAUUUUGCCUUCACUGACAUCUGCUGUUCCACAGUCAUCUCCCCCAGGAUGCUGGCAGACCUGUUAUCAGAGGACAAAACCAUUUCUUUCUCUGGCUGCAUGAUGCAGUUCCUCACCUUUGCUUUCUUUGCUGCUGUUGAAUGUUACCUCCUGGCCAUGAUGGCCUACGACCGGCACGUUGCCAUCUGCCAUCCCCUGCUUUAUGUGACCAUCAUCUCCAGACGCAUCUGCUGGCAGCUGGUAGCAUCAAGCUACCUAUUUGCCUUCCUCACUGCUAUCAUCUGCACAUGGUGCGUGUUUGGAGGUUUCUUCUGUGGUCCCAACCACAUUGAUCACUUCUUCUGCGACCUCAUCCCAGUGCUAAAGCUCGUGUGCUCCAACACCCACAGCACUGAGAUGGUCAUCUUUGCCUUUGUCACCAUCAACAUCUUGGGCACAAGCAUGACCAUUGUGCUCUCCUACAUCUCUAUCCUCCGCACCGUGCUGAAUACGUGUUCAGCACAGAGCAGGGCCAGAGCCUUCCACACCUGCGCCUCCCAUUUGAUGGCUGUUGCCUCCUUCUUUGGGUCAGCAUUCUUCAUGUACCUACAAUCUCCAUCUAGCUACAGGAGCCUGGAUAAAGUUGCCUCUAUUAUCUACACUGUGAUCAACCCCAUGCUUAACCCCUUCAUCUACAGCCUGAGGAAUAAAGAGGUGAAAGGGGCUCUGGCAAAGUGCGGGAGGAGGUUGUUCUACCACUGGCAAAAUAAAAGAGUUCGGUCAUCAAGGACAUGA